AUGGGAGGAAUUGGCAAGACCACCCUUGCUCAGCUUGUAUACAAGGACGAGAGGGUUAAGAAGCAUUUUGACCUUAAGGCAUGGAUAUGCGUUUCGGAUGAGUUUGACGUGUUCAGGGUAACAAAAACAGUUCUAGAGGCAGUGACUUCGUCAACUUGUGAUAUGAAAGGUCUAAACCUGCUUCAAGUUACACUACAAGAGAAAUUGAUGGGGAAGAAAUUCCUACUUGUUUUAGAUGAUGUAUGGAACGAGAAUUAUGCUGAUUGGGAGGUCUUAUGUAGUCCAUUUAAAUUUGGAGCACAAGGAAGUAUGGUCAUUGUAACAACACGCAAUGAAGGCGUUGCAUCAAUCAUGCGCACAACUCCAACUGAUCAUUAUCUAAAGACGUUACUGGAAGAAGAUUGUUGGUCACUAUUUGCAAAACAUGCAUUCUACGAUUAUAACUCUAAUGCAUGUCCAAAGCUAGAAGUAAUAGGUAGACAAAUUGUAAAAAAGUGUAAAGGUCUACCUCUAGCGGCUAAGACGAUUGGGGGCCUCUUACGAUUUAAACUGAAUGUUAAUGAGUGGGAGAAGAUAUUGAAGAGCGAAUUAUGGGAUUCGCCAAUAAACAAGACAAACAUUCUUCCAGCUUUAAGAUUAAGUUAUAAUUAUCUUCCCUCACAUUUAAAGCAAUGUUUUGCUUAUUGUUCAAUGUUUCCUAAGGAUUAUGCUUUAAAAAAAGAUCAAGUGGUCUUACUAUGGAUGGCAUAAGGUUUCCUAGAAGAAACCAAAAAUAAACCGAUGGAAGAAAUUGGUAAUGAAUACUUCCUUGAUCUAGCAUCAAAAUCGUUGUUCGAGCAAUCAAGUGAUGAUAAAUCAGGUUUUGUAAUGCAUAAUCUUGUCAACGACUUGGCAACUUUUGUAUCUGGACAAUUUACCUUUAGAUUGGGGGUUGACUAUUCUCAAAAAAUUGUGGACCAGACUCGCCAUUUUUCGUAUGUCAGAAGAAGCAGAUAUGAUAACUUUAAGAAGUUUGAGUCUCUUUGCGAGACUAGUCGAUUGCACACAUUCCUACCAUUGAAGUUGUCACCAGGCUACAAUUUCUUCUUGUUAACUAAAAGAGCACCACUUGAUCAUUUAUUGCCAAAGCUAAGAUACUUGCGUGUGCUCUCUCUAUCUCACUAUCUAAAUAUGAUUGAGUUGCCCGAAUCAAUUGGCAAAAUUAAGCAUCUACGUUAUUUGAACCA